AGUACCAGGGCUUUUCCUAUUUGGCUUCCACGGAGCCAACCACACCUCCUCUGACCACUCUUGGUGGUCUGGCUCCCUUUGUUUUAAAGAGAAAGAAGACCCUUCUGGACCAGCUACAGCCUACUGAGGCUAAAGAAAUGUCAACUAUUGGGAGUUUUGAGGGUUUCCAGCCUGUGUCACUGAAUCAAGAGGGAGAAGACCAGCCAUCAGAGACAGAGCACCUGUCUGUGGAGGAGGAGGAGGACCCAGGCAAUGGCCAAAAGCUGGGGCAGAUUUCACGACAGUUGAGUGUGACCAAGUCAACACUUUACCCCAAUCCUUACCAUAAGCCAUACAUCUCCAGGACGUACUUUGCUACAAGGCCUGGAGCCAUAGAAACUGCCGUGGAGGACUUGAAAGGCCACAUCUCGGAGACUGUGGGAGAGACCAUCCAAGCAUUCUGGCUCUUGACUCAGAUAGACCACUGGAACAAUGAGAAGGAGAGAAUGUUGCUGCUCACAGACAAGACAUUGUUCAUCUGCAAGUACGAUUUCAUCAUGCUCAGCUGCGUGCAGCUGCAGCAGAUUCCCCUGAGCGCUAUCUACCAUGUCUGCCUGGGCAAGUUCGCCUUCCCAAAGAUGUCACUGGACAAGAGACCAGGAGAAGGCCUGAGGAUCUACUGGGGGAGUGCAGAGGAGCAGUCCCUGUGGUCACGCUGGAACCCAUGGUCCACAGACAUUCCUUAUGCUACCUUCACGGAGCAUCCUAUGGUAUACACCAGUGAGAAGUUUCUCAAAAUUUGCAAGUUGUCUGGCUUUACAUCUAAGCUUGUUCCAGCUAUCCAGAAUGCCCAAAAGAAUUCCACUGCAUCUGGAAGAGAAAAGAGACUGACAGUGUUAACUCAACCCAUUUUGAUUGAAACCUACACAGGGCUGAUGUCAUUCAUUGGAAACCGCAACAAACUCGGCUAUUCCCUCGCUCGUGGGAGUAUUGGUUUUUAGCCUGUUUUUGUUAUAUAUAUAUAUAUAUAUAUAUAUAUAUAUUGUACAGCGAUAUUCCAUUAUUGAAAUGUUUGUUUCAGUCCACUAUAUCUUUGCAUUGAAACAGCAAAUUAUAUUUGAAUAGUCCUGCAGGACUUUGAACAUAUUUAGAGUGUCAGGAAGUCUGAAUGCUUGAUUGGAGUGAGAGAUACACAUUUCAGCUCUCACAUUAGAGUAAUCAGUUUUCCUUAAAAAACAGAAAAUCAAUACUACUGAGCCCAUCAAAUGUUUUUAAAUGAAUUCCUGAUUGUAAACUCUGAAAAGAUGCUGUGGGUUCUUGUUUUUCCUGGUCUUUGAAUGUGGACAUUGUCAAGUCUUGAUCUUUAGACCUCUAAUCCUGAUUUAUUUGUUCACUACAUUCUCAUUGUCUGUAUUAUUUUAGCGACCACUUUUACACCUACAACUUUCAAGUACAUAAACCGAUAGCCAACAUUUAUUCCAAGAUUCAGCUUUGAAUUUUUAUCUGACAAUCGUCCACAUGUUAGGGUUCCACAAGCCACUCAGAUUCAGAGUCCUCAGAAUCCUAGAGUUAUUUGUGACAUCUUUAUGGUCUCAUUCAUCCAUCGCUGAAAUCCAUUAUUUCUGAUCAAUCAAAACUCCUUGCCAAAUAAACAGCAUACAGUACUACAAUGGCUUAUCAUUGUGCCCUGAUACAGUUUAGCUCUGGAAUACUCCCUUCCCCCAUCCCAUGCCUUCUACAUCUAGAGACAAGGCUUUUGGAAGAUGAUUAGAUUAUGGGAGCUCUGUAGCUGACUUACAGUUAGACGUGGAACCUAGGAAAGGGGGGGUCACACAGGACCUUACCUAGGGGGGCAUCUCCCUCUCUAGCUCCUCUCUUCUCUCUCUCUCUCUGCUUCUUGGCCAUUACUCUGUGAGAAGUUUUGGGCCACUAUAUUUUUCUGCUAUGGCCUUUUUGCCUUGGAGCUACAUGACCAUGA